AUGCUGCCACAUGCACUGCUCGCUUUGCUCCUGCCCAUGCUCCUGGAGCAGGGAGAAGCCAGGAGGAAGGGGGCACUUGGGGCCCGCAACACCUCGGAGCCAGCUCUGCAGCGCCUGUCCCGACACCUCCUGGCCAGCUACCAGCAGGGCGUGCGCCCCGUACGGGAUUGGAGGACACCGACCACCGUGUCCAUCGACGUCAUCAUCUAUGCCAUUCUCAGCGUGGAUGAGAAGAACCAGGUACUGACCACCUAUAUCUGGUACCGGCAGUUCUGGACAGAUGAGUUUCUCCGUUGGAACCCCGAGGACUUCGACAACAUCACCAAGUUAUCCAUCCCCACGCACAGCAUUUGGGUCCCAGACAUUCUCAUCAAUGAGUUCGUGGAUGUGGGCAAGUCUCCAGAGAUCCCCUAUGUAUACGUUCAGCAUCAGGGCAAGGUGCAGAACUACAAGCCUCUCCAGGUGGUGACCGCCUGCAGCCUGGACAUCUACAACUUUCCCUUUGAUGUGCAGAACUGCUCCUUCACCUUCACCAGCUGGCUACACACCAUUCAGGACAUCAACAUCUCCCUGUGGCGCCCUCCAGAAAAGGUGAAGUCGGAUAAGAGCGUCUUCAUGAACCAGGGCGAGUGGGAACUUCUCGGAGUGCUCACCCAGUUUCGGGAGUUCAGCAUAGAGAGCAGCGACAGUUAUGCGGAAAUGAAGUUCUAUGUGGUCAUCCGCCGGCGCCCCCUUUUCUACGCUGUCAGCCUGCUGCUGCCCAGCAUGUUCCUCAUGAUCAUGGAUAUUGUGGGCUUCUACCUGCCCCCAGACAGCGGCGAAAGGGUGUCUUUCAAGAUCACUCUUCUUUUGGGCUACUCUGUCUUCCUCAUCAUUGUGUCUGACACAUUACCCGCCACAGCCAUUGGUACCCCUCUCAUCGGUGUCUACUUUGUGGUGUGCAUGGCUCUGCUGGUGAUCAGUCUAGCCGAGACCAUCUUUAUUGUGCGGCUGGUGCACAAGCAGGACCUGCAGCGACCCGUGCCUGCCUGGCUACGUCACCUCGUCCUUGGCAGGGUGGCCCAACUGCUGUGUCUCGGGGAGCAAACCCCCACUCACCCCACCACCUCCCCCCAGGUGUGCACAGAUGGGAGCCACUGCAGCCACUCGGAAGGACCUCAGGAGCUGGAGAAGACGCCCAGGACUCCUGGCAGCCCAUCCCCACCACCCCGGGAUGCCUCCUUGGCUGUACGCGGGUUGCUGCAGGAGCUGGCCACCAUUCGCCACUUCCUGGAGAAGCGGGACGAAAGCCGAGAGGUGGCUCGGGACUGGCUGCGUGUUGGCUCGGUGCUGGAUAGCCUGCUCUUCCGUGCCUACCUGCUGGCAGUGCUGGCCUACAGUGUCACACUUGUCUCGCUCUGGUCCAUCUGGCAGUACUGCUGA